UUCAAUCAAUCACAUGACUUGACAGGAUUUCUACCCAUUUUCUUUUUUGUGCAACAAAAUCAUAUCUAUAUAAAAACACAGCCCCCACCCCCCUAAUCCCACUACACACACACACACACACACACACACACAAAUACAAACAAACACACAAAGGAGCUAAGAUGGGACAAUAAAGAAGCAUCUCAAGUGUCUUCUCUGGUUCUAUUUUGACAAUGAUCCUUCAAGGAGUUUCCCCUUCUUUACAUCAGAUAAAGGAUGAGAAACAAGAUACAUGGCGGCAGAACACACACUCUCUACAUUGGAUGAAUCAGUUUUGCCUUCAUGACCACAUCAUCUUCCCUAACAGGCGGGCUGUUGAGCUGUCAGUCUGCAGCUGAACAGCAUGCAGUCCUUUCGGGAGCAAAGCAGUUACCACGGAAACCAGCAGAACUACCCGCAGGAAGUGCAUGGUGCAUCCCGGCUAGAAGAAUUUAGCACCCGCCAGCAGGCUCAGAUGUUCCAGAGCUUUGGAGGAGGUGGAGGAAGUGGCAGCAGCAGUGGGCGCCGUGGAGCAACGGGAAGCUCUUCAUCAAUGGCUGGUGAGAGCUCUGGGCAUCAGAGCUAUCAAGGUUUCAGAAAGGAAGCAGGAGAAUUCUACUACAUGGCCUCCAGUAAGGAUCCCGUGACAGCGGGAGGACAGCAACUCCCUCAGCGCAGACCUUCUGGACCAGUGCAGAGCUAUGGACCACCCCAAGGGAGCAGCUUUGGGAGUCAGUAUGGGAGUGAGGGUCAUGUGAGCCAGUUUCAAACACAGCACUCAUCCCUUAGUGGGGUAACUCACUACCAGCAGGAUUAUACUGGUCCUUUCUCCCCUGGAAGUGCUCAGUACCAACAGCAGACUUCUAGCCAGCAGCAGCAGGUGCAGCAGAUGAGGCAACAGCUCUACCAGUCUCAUCAGCCUUUGUCACAGACCUCCAGCCAGUCUGCAUCCAGCACAUCUCAUUUGCAGCCAAUGCAGCGCCCUUCAACUCUGCCUUCAUCUGCUUCUGGUUACCAGUUACGAGUGGGUCAGUAUAGCCAACACUAUCAGCCUCCUGCUUCUUCCUCUUCUUCCUUUCCGUCUCCUCAGCGUUUUAGCCAAUCUGGGCAGAACUAUGAUGGUAGUUACAGUGUGAAUGCUGGUUCGCAGUAUGAGGGACAUGCUGUGGGUUCAAAUGCACAAGCUUAUGGGACUCAGUCAAACUACAACUUUCAGACGCAACCAAUGAAGAACUUUGAGCAGUCAAAAUUGCCCCAAGGGGGUCAACAGGCACAAGGACAGGCGCAACAGUCGCAACAGCAGCAGGCUCCUUCACAGCAUGUAAUGCAGUACUCAAAUACUACUACCAAGUUAUCUCUUCAAAGUCAAGUGGGACAGUAUAACCAAGCUGAGGUCCCUGUGAGAUCACCCAUGCAGUUCCAUCAGAAUUUUAGCCCUAUAUCUAACCCCUCGCCAGCUGCCUCUGUGGUUCAGUCCCCAAGCUGCAGCUCUACACCAUCUCCUCUCAUGCCAGGUGGUGAAAACCUUCAGUGUGGGCAAAGCAGCAUGCCUGUACCCGCUAGAAACCGCAUUUUACAGAUGAUGCCUCAGCUGAGCCCAACACCAUCCAUGAUGCCAAGCCCCAAUGCUCAGGGUGGAGGAUUCAAGGGAUUUGGGCUUGAAGGAUUACAGGAAAAAAGGCUUACAGAUCCUGGGCUAAGCAGCCUAAGUGCCCUAAGUAGUCAAGUGGCUAAUCUUCCCAACACAGUCCAGCACAUGUUACUCUCAGAUGCUUUAGCACCUCAGAAGAAAAGCUCCAAAAGAUCUUCAUCUAAGAAGGCUGACAGCUGCACAAACUCAGAAGGCUCCUCUCAGGCAGAAGAACAGCUCAAAUCACCUCUGGCAGAGUCCAUUGAUGGUGGCUGCUCCAGUAGCUCAGAGGAUCAAGGCGAGAGGGUGAGGCAAUUGAGUGGUCAGAGCACCAGUUCUGACACCACUUACAAAGGGGGUAACCUAGAGAGAUCCCACUCAUCACCAGCACAAGCUUCUCAAAAUGAGCCCCCAAAGCUUAGCACUAGCCCUGCGGAUGAGGAAGAAGUGGCCUCCCCUCCUGAUGAAAAGGAGGCCUUGGUUGCUGUGGAGACCCCCCCAAAGGUCAAUGAAAAAGCAGUUGGCGUGAUAGUCUCCCGAGAAGCUAUGACAGGAAGAGUAGAAAAGUCAAGUGGGCAGGAUAAACCUCAACAAGAUGACGCUUCUGCAGGUACUCCAGCACCACCUUCUGCCAGUGCAAUGAAAGAGACUGGCCUUAUGGGACCCCAGCAAGAGCCACAAGGAGGGAGUAAAGGGAGCAAGGGUGGUGACAGCAGCACUAACCACAAUGGAGAUGGGAACAGCCAGCUUGGUCAUGCUGUCAUUGGCUCUAGUUUUCCAAGCAGAACUGAACCUUCUAAGUCCCCUGGUAGUUUGAGGUAUAGCUACAAAGACAAUAUAGGGAUUAGUAUGCAGAGAAAUGCUGGCAACUUCCCACAGUAUCCUUCAGGUCAGGAUAAAGGGGAUUUUCCAGGGCAUACUGAACGAAAAGGCAGGAAUGAGAAAUUUCCCAGUCUGUUGCAGGAAGUCUUGCAAGGCUAUCACCACCAUCCUGACAGACGAUAUUCUAGAAAUGCACAAGAUCAUCAUGGAAUGACUGGAAGUUUGGAAAGUACCAUGAGACCCAAUGUCCUGAUCAAUCAAGCCAAUGAAUUAAGUAAUAGAGGACUUUUAAACAAAAGCAUAGGAUCACUCUUGGAAAAUCCACACUGGGGCCACUGGGAUAGAAAGUCGAGUAGCACAGCUCCUGAAAUGAAACAGAUAAAUCUGGCUGACUAUCCCAUGCCUAGAAAGUUUGAGAUAGAAUCCCAGUCUUCAGCUCAUGAAGGAGGAGGACUCUCUGAGAGGAGAUCAGUUAUUUGUGAUAUAUCACCUUUGAGGCAGAUUGCUAGAGAUCCUGGGUCUCACUCUGUGGGGCACAUGGGUAGUGAUGGCAGGAGUGGAAGGAGUGACCGUCUAACCCCUGGUUUAGGCCAGUCAGUCAUCCUCCCUGGAGGCCUGGUGGCCAUGGAAUCAAAGCUAAAGACUCACAGUGGGCCGAUCAAGGAAGAGGAUUUUGAACAAUCUAAGACCUCUGCCAGCAUCAACAACAAAAAAUCGGGAGACCAUUGUCAUGUUGCCAGUUUUAAGCAUGAGUCUUACCGAGGGAAUGCUAGCCCUGGAGCUGCAGCCCUUGAUUCUGCAUCAGACUACAUGCUACAACAAGAUAGCCGAUCAGGACAGCUGAGGCGAGGACCUGGCAGAAUGGGAAGCAGCCGGGAGGGAAUGAGAGGCAAAUCCCCCUCUCAGUUUCAUGAUCUGGCAGACAAACUGAAGAUGUCACCUGGUAGAAGCAGAGGUCCCGGGACAGAUCUUCACCAUAUGAAUCCACACAUGGUGCUUUCUGACAGGGUCAAUCGGGGCUCCUUGCACUCUCCUUUCCCCUCAAACUCUGAAAGCUCAUCUUUGGCUUCAGCAUAUCACACUAACGCUCGAUCUCAUGCUUUUGGUGAUCCUAGCCAGGGGCUGAAUUCCCAGUACCACUACAAAAGGCAGCUAUACCAACAGCAGCAGGAAGAAUACAAAGACUGGAGCAGCAGCUCUGCCCAGGGCGUGAUUGCAGCAGCUCAACAUAGGCAGGAGACAGCUAGAAAGAGUCCAAGGCAACAGCAAUUCUUGGACAGAGUAAGGAGUCCUUUGAAAAAUGACAAGGAUGGAAUGUUGUAUCUUCAUUCAGGUUCCUACCAUGAUGCUGGAAGCCAAGAAGCCAGCCGUUGCUUGUUGGGGAGUGAUGGCACUCUUCAGAAUAAGUGUGCUGAAAUUAAACAUAUGAAUCAAAAGAUUCAGCAACAUGAAUCGGGUUGGGAUCUCUCGCGGCAAGUGGUUCCUGGGAAGAACAGUGGCUCUCUUGGGGCAGCCAGUCAGAAGAGAUUUGUUUCUCAAGAUAGUGAUGCACACAGGCGUGAUGAUACUGGAGAUGUACUUAAAUCUGGUAAUGCCAUGGUAAGGAUUCCUGGCCAGGAAGAUCAGUCUCCUCAAAAUCCUUUAAUCAUGAGGAGGAGGGUCCGUUCUUUCAUUUCUCCUAUUCCCAGCAAGAGGCAGUUGCAGGAAAUGAAGAACAGUGGCAUUGAAGACAAAGGGCGUCUGCUCCCCUCAUCAAAAGAUGGAGUUGAUAAAACACUCAACUCCUAUGCCCAUGCUUCCCAAAACCAAGAUGUAGGCAAGUCACUCUCAAAAGGAGAAUCCUCUAGGAACCUUCCAAGUCCUGAUAAUAGAAACUGCUCAGCUGUUUCCCUUACAAGCCCAGCUAAAACAAAAAUUCUGCCUCCACGGAAGGGUCGUGGGUUAAAAUUGGAAGCUAUUGUUCAGAAAAUCACAUCUCCAAAUGUCAGGAGAAGUGCCUCCUCGAACUGUGCAGAAGCUGGUGCAGAUGCAGUUACGCUUGAUGACAUUCUGUCCCUGAAGAGUUGCCCACCAGAGGGUGGGAAUGUGGCCAAUCAUGGCAUGGAAGCAGAAAAUAUAAAAGAAGAAAUUGUGUUAGAUCAAGAGAGCCAAGAACUGACCAGUGAGAUCUCCCUGACAAUAUCUUCUGAAGAAUGGCAUGGUGAUGGAAACGAGGUAGUGAAAAAAGAAACAUCCGAACUUACUAGUGUUGGCAAGGAGGGCUCAGUGCCUAUUGUGAUCCCAGCAUCUUCACAAAAGUCUAUUGGUCAAGGAAGAACAGAUGGAUCUGUAACUGGAACAGGUUCUUUAAGCUUUUCUGAAUCAAAAACAGUUUCUCCAUCCAACGUCUUGACUCCUGAACCAAAUUCAAAAUCUGAAGAAAAAGAUGGAGACGCCAUCAUCAUGACACCCAAGCCAGAACCCUUUCCUCCAAAGGGAUAUUUUCCUUCUGGGAAAAAGAAAGGGAGACCUAUUGGUAGUGUGAACAAGCAGAAGAAGCAGCAGCAGCCACAACCACAACCGCAACCACAACAGCAACAACUGCCACUUCCAUUAGUACCAGAAGCACUGCAGUCAUCAGAGGAGCCAGGAGGUGGAGAGCCUAAACCUAAGAGACAACGAAGGGAGAGGAGGAAAACGGCAGCCCAGCCACGAAAGCGGAAACCAAGACGAGCUGCUCCAAUCGUGGAGCCUCAGGAACCAGAAAUCAAGCUAAAAUAUGCUACUCAGUCUCUUGAUAAAACAGAUACCAAGAAUAAGUCUUUUUUCCCUUAUAUACAUGUGGUAAACAAGUGUGAGAUAGGUGCUGUCUGCACAAUAAUUAAUGCAGAAGAAGAAGAACAGAAUAAGCUGGUGAGGGGGCGAAAAGGACAGAGGUCAUUGACUCCCCCUCCCAGCAAUACUGAGAGCAAAGUACUGCCUAUUUCGACUUUCAUGCUGCAGGGUCCUGUAGUAACAGAGUCCACUGUCAUGGGCCACCUGGUCUGCUGCCUGUGUGGCAAGUGGGCCAGCUAUCGUAACAUGGGUGACCUCUUUGGACCUUUCUAUCCCCAGGAUUAUGCGGCCACGCUGCCCAAGAAUCCACCUCCCAAGAGGGCCACAGAAAUGCAGAAUAAGGUCAAGGUACGGCAUAAAAGUGCUUCUAAUGGUUCCAAGACCGAUACAGAAGAGGAGGAAGAGCAGCAGCAGCAGCAGCAACAAAAGGAGCAGAGAAGCCUCGCUGCCCACCCUCGCUUUAAGAGACGGCAUCGCUCUGAGGACUGUGCUGGGGCUUCUCGGUCACUUUCGAGAGGUGCUGCUUGUAAAAAAGCAACCGCCGAGGGUGGCAACGUUGGUGAAAAAACUCCGUCAGACUCUAAACCCCCCAUGUCCUCUUCUGAAGGUGGUCCCGAGUUGGAGUUACAAAUUCCUGAACUACCUCUUGACAGCAAUGAAUUUUGGGUCCAUGAGGGCUGUAUUCUCUGGGCCAAUGGGAUUUACUUGGUCUGUGGCAGGCUCUAUGGGCUUCAGGAAGCUGUGGAAAUAGCUAAAGAGAUGAAAUGUUCUCAUUGCCAGGAACCAGGAGCCACCUUAGGCUGCUACAACAAAGGCUGCUCCUUCCGAUAUCAUUAUCCAUGUGCCAUCGAUGCAGAUUGUUUACUAAACGAAGAGAAUUUCUCAGUGAGGUGCCCCAAGCACAAGCCCCUCCUCCCUUGCUCUCUUCCGUCCUUGCAGAACAAGAUGGUGAAAGGCAGCCUCAGCACAGAGCAGUCGGAGCGGGGGUGAGGGGGGAAGUGUGUUCGUGGGAAUGAAAAUAAAAGCAAGCACAGGUUAGGCUGUUGAGAUAAAGCGGCAGACAUUCAAGAUUGGAUGGAUUCUUUCCCCCUGUGCAGUCAUGCCCCUCUCUUGAUGUACCUGCCAACGCCAGCACUUCCUUCAUCAACUCUUUCAUCACACUUGACCGACAACAUCACAGAAUAUGAUCAAGGAGUCUGAACCAGCCGUUUUCAUGGACACAAUCUCCAUAGUGACUAUGGGAAGGGGAGGGAAAAGAAGAGAAGAUGGGGAAAUUAAAGAGGGAGGGAUAAAAUAUAUAUAUAGAUAUAUAUAUAUAUAAAAAAGAUCUAUUUUUAGUCUUGAUGAUAGACUUGUUUUAAAUGAAAGGUGCGCUAUCCCUUUUUAUGCAUUAAAUUGAAUUUUUAGGAUCCACCUAUGUUCCAAGUUGCUCAUAAACAAAUAUUAGUAAAAUUCAAACAAGGCCUUUGCAAAUGGAUCUCAUCUUGUCCAUAAGGAGUUAUGAGCUUGCUUAAUCAGACUUGUCUCUUCACUCCAUCUUCCACAACAGAAAACCCAGGUUUUAAAGAAAACAGAUUUUUCUUUUUGUUGCUGGCAAAAUUGUCUGUAAGGGCGGGAGGUGGGAGUGAGUGGUUGCAGGGGACAGGAUGUUUGUAUUUGUGUAUGUGUGAACAGGGGAUUUUUUUUUCCUUUUAAGAAACACUAUUUAUUUUUAUUAAGAAAGGAAGCCUGAUAAGAAUCAGAAGAUCCCUACGUCAUGUGGCUUGUGAAAUAAGUGUGGCUUCUACUAGCUUCAUUUUCAGAUACUCUUACCUUAUAUACAUGACUCUGUGUACCAAAAGGUGGGGGAUUUGGGCCAUUCUUGGCAUGGACAAAUAUUCCCAAAUCAUUCCAAGGAGCUUCUGCCUUUUUCUCACAGGCAGUCUAGAGGGAGGAUGUUGGCUUGCCUACCAGAAAAGGGCGUUCAACAGGAAGUCUGAAUGUUGACAUAAUCAGUGUGUGUUAAGCUGACGAGGAAAAUCCAGUUAACCCUUCUCUUCUCUGUCUUUUGUUUCCCAAAGGAAGGAAGGGAGAAUGUCAAUUUAGCAGCCUACACCACAUGGUUAAUUUUUUAUUUGUUUGUACAUUGUGUAAUUUUUAAACAUUUGAGUUUAAAAACAAAACAAAACAUUUUCUCUUGUUAAGGCCUUAAGAAGGGGUUAGUGCAUCUUUCAGGGGUCACUCUGCCAUGGGAAUAAAAUAGCUGUUUCACAAACAGUUUUAUAUAAAAAAAACUAAAACAAAACAAAAAAACCCACAAAAAAACCUAAUAAACUUCAUUUUAACCUUG